AGCUUCGUGAGGUUCUGUCCGCGGAGGGGGUCAUCGUGACCCGGCCAGUGACGACUGCAGCCAUCCGCAUCAGCGGGCUGGAUGACUCCUUGACGCCGGAGGAAGUAGCCGGAUAUAAGACCUACAACACCUGGACAUAGAUUAAUUAAACCCAUAGACACAGCCCAUUGUGUUUCUCGCCGGAUCUUCUCAGUGGGUCGCGUUUGCGAUCCGUUGGUAGAUUCUGCGAAGCACUGCUCUCGCUGGGGCCAGUGUUAGCAACACUUCCGGUUUGGGCCCCGUGAGCUCACCUACACGUGAGGGUGAAGCUGAAAUAGCCGCUCCAUCAUUAUUAGCAUAGAGCGAUGUACAUUCUUCUGGCCGAGGCGUGCAAGGAUGCCGGGUACAUAAGGAGCCCAGAAAAUUUAAAUCCACUGUCUACAAUAGAACCAUGGCCUAUAUCAUCAGUGGAGAACCUAAUGAAAGGAACAUCUGGAUUACAAACAGAAUUAUCAGAAUCACCGCGUAUAGCUAGAUCGAUACGACCACCUGAACAACUAUAUGGACCACGGCGAAAACCUACCGGAGCCGAGACAGCACCUACUGCACCACAGACAGGACUUUUAGACCACAGCCGGAACCCACUGCAACACAGCCAGAAUCAACUGGAGCACAACCAGGACUUACUAGACCACAGCCAGAAUCUACUGGAGCACAGCCAGGACUUCCUAGACAACAGCCAGAACCCACUGCAACACAGCCAGAAUCAACUGGUGCAAGACCAGGACUUACUAGACCAUAGCCAGAUACCACUGCAACACAGCCAGAAUCAACUGGAGCACAGUCAGGACUUACUAGACAACAGCCAGAACUCACUGCAACACAGCCAGAAUCAACUGGAGCACAGCCAGGACUUACUAGACCACAGCCAGAAUCUACUGGACCACAGCCAGAAUCAACUGGAGCACAGCCAGGACUUACUAGACCAUAGCCAGAUACCACUGCAACACAGCCAGAAUCAACUGGAGCACAGCCAGGACUUUCUAGACAACAACCAGAACCCACUGCAACACAGCCAGAAUCAACUGGAGCACAGCCAGGACUUACUAGACCACAGCCAGAAUCUACUGGACCACAGCCAGAAUCAACUGGAGCACAGCCAGGACUUACUAGACCAUAGCCAGAUACCACUGCAACACAGCCAGAAUCAACUGGAGCACAGCCAGGACUUUCUAGACAACAACCAGAACCCACUGCAACACAGCCAGAAUCAACUGGAGCACAGCCAGGACUUACUAGACCACAGCCAGAAUCUACUGGACCACAGUCAGGAUUUCCUAGACAACAGCCAGAACCCACUGCAACACAGCCAGAAUCAACUGGAGCACAGCCAGGACUUACUAGACCACAACCAGAAUCUACUGGACCACAGCCAGAAUCAACUGGAGCACAGCCAGGACUUACUAGACAACAACCAGAACCCACUGCAACACAGCCAGAAUCAACAGGAGCACAGCCAGGACUUACUAGACCACAGCCAGAAUCAACUGGAGCACAGUCAGGACUUCCUAGACAACAGCCAGAACCCACUGCAACACAGCCAUAAUCAACUGGAGCACAGCCAGGACUUACUAGACCACAACCAGAAUCUACUGGACCACAGCCAGAAUCAACUGGAGCACAGCCAGGACUUUCUAGAAAACAACCAGAACCCACUGCAACACAGCCAGAAUCAACUGGAGCACAGCCAGGACUUUCUAGACAACAACCAGAACCCACUGCAACACAGCCAGAAUCAACUGGAGCACAGCCAGGACUUACUAGACCACAGCCAGAAUCUACUGGACCACAGCCAGAAUCAACUGGAGCACAGCCAGGACUUACUAGACCACAGCCAGAUACCACUGCAACACAGCCAGAAUCAACUGGAGCACAGUCAGGACUUCCUAGACAACAGCCAGAACCCACUGCAACACAGCCAGAAUCAACUGGAGCACAGUCAGGACUUCCUAGACCAUAGCCAGAUACCACUGCAACACAGCCAGAAUCAACUGGAGCACAGCCAGGACUUUCUAGACAACAAUCAGAACCCACUGCAACACAGCCAGAAUCAACUGGAGCACAGCCAGGACUUUCUAGACAACAACCAGAACCCACUGCAACACAGCCAGAAUCAACUGGAGCACAGCCAGGACUUACUAGACCAUAGCCAGAUACCACUGCAACACAGCCAGAAUCAACUGGAGCACAGCCAGGACUUUCUAGACAACAACCAGAACCCACUGCGACACAGCCAGAAUCAACUGGUGCACAGCCAGGACUUACUAGACCACAGCCAGAAUCUACUGGACCACAGCCAGAAUCAACUGGAGCACAGCCAGGACUUACUAGACCAUAGCCAGAUACCACUGCAACACAGCCAGAAUCAACUGGAGCACAGCCAGGACUUUCUAGACAACAAUCAGAACCCACUGCAACACAGCCAGAAUCAACUGGAGCACAGCCAGGACUUUCUAGACAACAACCAGAACCCACUGCAACACAGCCAGAAUCAACUGGAGCACAGCCAGGACUUACUAGACCACAGCCAGAAUCUACUGGACCACAGCCAGAAUCAACUGGAGCACAGCCAGGACUUACUAGACCACAGCCAGACCCCACUGCAACACAGCCAGAAUCAACUGGAGCACAGCCAGGACUUACUAGACCAUAGCCAGAUACCACUGCAACACAGCCAGAAUCAACUGGAGCACAGCCAGGACUUUCUAGACAACAACCAGAACCCACUGCAACACAGCCAGAAUCAACUGGUGCACAACCAGGACUUACUAGACCAUAGCCAGAUACCACUGCAACACAGCCAGAAUCAACUGGAGCACAGUCAGGACUUCCUAGACAACAAUCAGAACCCACUGCAACACAGCCAGAAUCAACUGGAGCACAGCCAGGACUUUCUAGACAACAACCAGAACCCACUGCAACACAGCCAGAAUCAACUGGAGCACAGCCAGGACUUACUAGACCACAGCCAGACCCCACUGCAACACAGCCAGAAUCAACUGGAGCACAGCCAGGACUUACUAGACCAUAGCCAGAUACCACUGCAACACAGCCAGAAUCAACUGGAGCACAGCCAGGACUUUCUAGACAACAACCAGAACCCACUGCAACACAGCCAGAAUCAACUGGUGCACAACCAGGACUUACUAGACCAUAGCCAGAUACCAAUGCAACACAGCCAGAAUCAACUGGAGCACAGUCAGGACUUCCUAGACAACAGCCAGAACCCACUGCAACACAGCCAGAAUCAACUGGAGCACAGUCAGGACUUCCUAGACCAUAGCCAGAUACCACUGCAACACAGCCAGAAUCAACUGGAGCACAGCCAGGACUUACUAGACCAUAGCCAGAUACCACUGCAACACAGCCAGAAUCAACUGGAGCACAGCCAGGACUUACUAGACCACAGCCAGACCCCACUGCAACACAGCCAGAAUCAACUGGAGCACAGCCAGGACUUACUAGACCAUAGCCAGAUACCACUGCAACACAGCCAGAAUCAACUGGAGCACAGCCAGGAAUUUCUAGACAACAACCAGAACCCACUGCAACACAGCCAGAAUCAACUGGUGCACAACCAGGACUUACUAGACCAUAGCCAGAUACCACUGCAACACAGCCAUAAUCAACUGGAGCACAGCCAGGACUUACUAGACCACAACCAGAAUCUACUGGACCACAGCCAGAAUCAACUGGAGCACAGCCAGGGCUUACUAGACAACAAUCAGAACCCACUGCAACACAGCCAAAAUCAACUGGAGCACAGCCAGGACUUACUAGACAACAAUCAGAACCCACUGCAACACAGCCAAAAUCAACUGGAGCACAGCCAGGACUUACUAGACCACAGCCAGAAUCUACUGGACCACAGCCAGAAUCUACUGGACCACAACCAGAAUCAACUGGAGCACAGCCAGGACUUACUAGACCAUAGCCAGAUACCACUGCAACACAGCCAGAAUCAACUGGAGCACAGCCAGGACUUUCUAGACAACAACCAGAACCCACUGCAACAUAGCCAGAAUCAACUGGAGCACAGCCAGGACUUUCUAGAAAACAACCAGAACCCACUGCAACACAGCCAGAAUCAACUAGAGCACAGCCAGGACUUUCUAGAUCACAGCCAGAAUCAACUAGGGCACAGCCAGGACUUACUGGAGCACAGCCUGAACCCACUGCAACACAGCCAAAAUCAACUGGAGCACACUCAGGACUUCCUAGACAACAGCCAGAACCCACUGCAACACAGCCAGAAUCAACUGGAGCACAGCCAAGACUUACUAGACCACAGCCAGAAUCAACUGGGGCACAGCCAGGACUUACUGGAGCACAGCCAGAACCCACUGCAACACAGCCAGAAUCAACUAGAGCACAGUCAGGACUUCCUAGACAACAGCCAGAACCCACUGCAACACAGCCAGAAUCAACUGGAGCACAGUCAGGACUUCCUAGACCAUAGCCAGAUACCACUGCAACACAGCCAGAAUCAACUGGAGCACAGCCAGGACUUUCUAGAUAACAACCAGAACCCACUGCAACACAGCCAGAAUCAACUGGAGCACAGCCAGGACUUACUAGACAACAGCCAAAACCCACUGCAACACAGCCAGAAUCAACUUACUAGACCACAGCCAGAACCCACUGCAGCACAGCCAGAACCCUCUACAGCACAAUCAGAAUCAACUGGAGCACAACCAGGACUUACUAGACCACAGCCAGAAUCUACUGGACCUAAGCCAGAAUCAAUUGGAGCACAACCAGGACUUACUAGACCACAGCCAGAAUCUACCGGACCACAGCCAGAAUCAACUGGAGCACACCCAGGACUUACUAGACCACAGCCAGAAUCAACUGGAGCACAGCCAGAACUUAAUAGACAACAGCCAGAACCCACUGCAACACAGCCAGAAUCAACUGGAGCACAGCCAGGACUUACUAGACCACAACCAGAAUUAACUGGAGCACAGCCAGGACUUACUAGACCACAGCCAGAAUCAACUGGAGCACAGCCAGGACUUAAUAGACAACAGCCAGAACCCACUGCAACACAGCCAGAAUCAACUGGAGCACAGCCAGGACUUACUAGACAACAGCCAGAACCUACUGCAACACAGCCAGAAUCAACUGGAGCACAGCCAGGACUUACUAGACAACAGCCAGAACUCACUGCAACACAGCCAGAAUCAACUGGAGCACAGACAAGACUUACUGGAGCACAGCCAGAACUUACUAGACCACAGCCAGACCCCACUGCAACACAGCCAGAAUCAACUGGAGCACAGCCAGGAUUUACUAGACAACAGCCAGAACCCACUGCAACACACCCAGAAUCAACUGGAGCACAGCCAGAACCUACUAGACCACAGACAGGACCUACAGGCAGGACAGGAGCAGCGGGAUCAAAGACCAGAAAUCUAAAAACAAGCCCAGGUAGUUUUGUAGAAACAGACAGUGAAUCAGAGAAAAUCCAUUCAACAGAAGCACUAGUGGCCGCUAUCCUCGGAGCACUGGUAGUCGGCUUGAUUAUCGGAUGUCUGUUUCAUAUCCUAUACAUCAAUAAAAGAAGAUGCAAGUCAUAUGGUACGUCAACUGCACAAUAGCACGAUAAUUAUGGAUACUUCAUAACCUGUAUUUAAUCUAAAUCUUUUGAAAUUAGCUUUCUUUGAAUCAAAAUGUUUGUGGGCUUUUUUUUUAUGGAUAAUUACUUUAACACCGAUUCAACAGUGAAUAUAAUCAUUUGCUCUUCCAAAUACAAGUAAAAUAUAUUUAGCAGCAAUGAGACUAAAGGUCCGUUCAGAUACUGUUACAGUGUGAAGUACAAUUUUAAACCUCUUCACACUCUUCCAUCAGUUACAUUCAGACACUCUUUCAUUAUAAAUACCAGUCAUCAACAAAAGCUUAACCCACAGACAGACACAGCCCACUGAGUUUCUCGCCGGAUCUUCUCAGUGGGUCGCGUUUUCGUUCCGGUGGUAGAUUCGGCGAAGCACUGCUCUUGCUAGGGCCAGUGUUAGCAGCACUCCGGUUUGAGCCCCGAGAGCUCACCUGCUAGUUAAGGUUAUGAAAUAGCCUCUCAAGGCUAUCUAUCAGCUUAGGUAGGAAAAAAAAAAAAAAGUCCAAUUUAUAUGGAGAUGUGAGGGAAAAAACAGUAGUAAACGAUAAUGCAGUGUUUGGGCCAGACCGUAUAAUAGGUUGGGGAAAAAGUCUUUUCACAUUAUAGUGUGUACGGACUUGUAAUAAAAUCUCUUAGGCUGGUUUUGGUAUCAUUAAAAGUUUAUAAGUUAUUUAUAAGUUAGUUUAUAAGUUAAGUUAUUUAUAUUAAGUUUAAUUUUCAUAAAAAUUUGAAAAGAACAUCAUAUAAAUAAAUCUAGUAAUAUAUGUCGGACAUCGUGGAAUAUUAUAAAGCAAAAUGACAACAAAAUUAAUUCAAAUAACAAAUGCAAUAUUAAACAAAUUUUACAUAAUGGCAGAGUAAUCACUGACGUUUACAUUGAAAUAACAAAUGAUGAAAACAAGAACUAUAAUAAUAUACAAGCAAUAAAUACACAAAACACAAAUACAUCUAGUUCAAGUAUAUUUUUAAUGCCAGCUACAUGUGAGGAAAUUUAUAAAACAAUUCACUCUCUCAAUAAUACUAAAUCAACAGGUUAUGAUGAACUGCCCACCUUUAUACUAAAACAAUGUGCAAUAGUCAUUACACCUAUACUCUGUCAUAUUAUCAAUCUUUCAUUAACUGAAGGUACAUUUCCUGAUAAAUUGAAAAUCUCAAUAGUGAAACCUAUAUACAAAAAAGGGCAUAAGGAAUGUAUCAAUAACUACCGACCGAUUACUUUAAUACCUAUACUUGCAAAAAUAUUUGAAAAAAUCAUGCAUUCUAGACUCACAACUUCUAUACUAAUAUUAUAAAGAGGAAAGAUUUGUUUGUUUGUUUGUUUCGAAUAGGCUCCGAAACUACUGGACUGAUUUGAAAAAUUCUUUUUCCAUUAGAAGCCGACAUUGUCCCUGAUGAACAUAGGCUACUUUUUUUAUUAUUUUUUUUAUAUUAGUUUUUUGGUUUCAUGUGUGUUUUAAUGUUUCCGAAGCGAAGCGAGGGCGGGUCGCUAGUUUCUUAAUAAAUCUGAAGUUAUAAAAUUUGAGCAACACGGUUUUCAAAAAGGCAAAUCUACUACACUAGCAGCUUUUAUACUCAUUAGUAAAAUUACUGAAAAUGUAGACAGAAAAAUACCCACGGUUGGUGUAAUAAUUAUGGCAUAGUAGUUAUCUAAGCGACAGACAACAAUAUGUUGAAAUUAGGGAUAUUGAUAAUAACAAUGAAGAAGUGGCUUUUAAAUCUUCAUUAGCGUAUAAUAAAGUAGGUGUCCCACAAGGGAGCAUUUUAGGACCGCUACUCUUUAUCAUUUAUAUAAAUGAUCUCCCAGAACACAUACAUUAUCCAUGCAGCAUAUUUGCUGAUGAUAUAGCCGUUGUAAUCACCAAAGAUGCCACACUAGAUUUAAAUGAUGAAAUAAAUGCUACUGUUAGUAAAGUCAUAGAUUGGAUGAAUAAGAAUAACUUAAAAGCUAAUUUAGACAAAACAAGAUAUAUGCAACUCUAUAAUAGACACAUGUUUAUUAAUAACUUAAAUAUAACUUAUAAUAAUAACACACUAAAUGAAUGUAAUAGCAUAAGAUUUUUAGGAUUAAAUGUGGAUAAUCAAUGUAGUUGGAAUCUUCACAUAGAUCUUAUUUGUAGUAAACUUAAUCGAUUCUCAUAUGCACUUUGGCGACUUACAAAAAUAUGUAAUCUAAAAACUGCAUUACAGGCCUAUCAUGGAUAUGUCGCCUCAAAUAUCAGAUACUGUAUACCCCUCUGGGGAAAUUCUAGUCACAUAAAUAGAGUGUUCAUUGCACAAAAGCAAUGUGUUCGUGCUAUGUGCAAUAUUCAUCCUCUGACUUCUUGUAAACCAUUCUUCCAAAAACAUAAUAUUUUGACUGCACCAUCCAUAUAUAUACAAGAAUGUUGUUUGUUUGUUAAAAAGCACCCACAAUUAUAUGAAUCGUAUGGUGAGUACUGUCAAUUUAAUACAAGAUACCCUACUAAACUCAUGUUACCAAAUAUAAAUACUCGCUACUACCAUACAAACUGUUAUCAUAUGACUAUAAGCUUCGAUCAAUAAUAGUACUAGAUUAAGGAUCAGGAACAAAAAUAAGACGCUCCAGUGGCCACGUUUGCAGACACGAAAACAUCUUCAUUUCUUAGAAAAAAGUUUAAUAAUGUUAACGACUUCAGUUUAUUAUAAACCUUAAUACUUAAACAUAAAGUUUAAUUACCAUUGCAAAAUAUAUGUAUUUAGGUCCUUUCGUCAGAAAAAGAAUAUUAUGGAAUAAAUUUAAAAUGUCACUUGAACAUAAAAAGUCAUCAGUACAAAAAUAUUUAUUCUAAAAUGAUACAUAAAGCCUAAUUUAUAAGGUUAAAAAUAUUUGUUUAAAAUUUCGUGCUUAUUGUAUUGUGGAACUAGAUGUAGUUCUCGGUAUUACAUUUCAA